GAGUGCCGGAUUGCUCAUCCCAUUGUUAAAUGCACUUACUGCAGGACUGAAUUCCAGCAGGAAAGCAAAACCAACACGAUAUGCAAGAAGUGUGCUCAGAACGUGAAGCUCUAUGGCACACCAAAACCCUGCCAGUACUGCAACAUCAUAGCAGCUUUUAUUGGAAACAAGUGCCAGCGUUGCACCAACUCAGAGAAGAAGUAUGGCCCUCCUCACUCGUGUGAGCAGUGCAAGCAGCAGUGCGCCUUCGACCGGAAGGAUGACAGGAAGAAGGUGGAUGGAAAGCUGCUGUGCUGGUUGUGCACACUGUCCUAUAAACGAGUCCUGCAGAAGACCAAAGAGCAGUGCAAACACCUGAGCAGUUCUUCCCGAGGCAGCCUGCAGGAGAAGGAGCAGUUCAGUAGGCUCAGCAGUGGCAGCCACUAUAACAGCCAGAAAACCUUAUCCACGUCUUCCAUUCAGAACGAAAUCCCAAAGAAGAAGGCCAAGUUUGAUGCCAUAUCUGCAAAUGGUGACAGUUUUUCUCCGGACCUCGCCCUGGACUCCCCUGGCACCGACCACUUUGUCAUCAUUGCCCAGCUGAAGGAGGAAGUGGCUACUUUAAAAAAGAUGCUUCACCAGAAGGAUCAGAUGAUUUUGGAGAAGGAGAAGAAGAUCACGGAGCUGAAAGCUGACCUGCAGUACCAGGAAUCACAGAUGAGGGCAAAGAUGAACCAAAUGGAGAAGACACACAAGGAGGUCAUGGAGCAGUUACAGGCCAAGAACAGAGAACUCCUGAAGCAAGCAGCUGCCCUGUCAAAAGGCAAAAAGCCUGAGAAGUCAGGAGCAAUAACCUCCCCUUAAAGCCAAGCCCCCAGCCUGGGAGCUUUCCCCUGCACUAGCCGAGAAGUGUGGGAGGCCUGCAGGAUGGCUGGAAGCCCAAACCUCUGUCUUGUGGACUCCAUGGGAUUCCUGGUGCGUGUUACCUUCUGACAGCAUGCUUGAGUGUGGCCAGUUUCAGUCCAUGGGGAGAGGUCCCAGCUUUCCUAAAUCCCCCCUGAAGUACUGUUUUCUGGAAGAAAUCUUUUCCUAACCAGUUGCUACCACUGCCAGCCCUUUCCAUGAGCAAACAGGAACCUGCUGCAUUAGUGGCUCCUUGCUGGUUCCCAGCCUGCUGCUGUGAGGGAACUGCCAUGGCCAGUUGUUCUGCAGAUAAAAUGGGAGCUGCGUGUGGUGGGAGCUGCAUUUUUUUUCCCUUGAACUGUUCCUUCUUCAAAAGAGAGCUGAGAACUCACCAGCCCAACAGGUAUUCCUGGAAGGUUGUGCCACUGCUGACAACAGUUGAUCCAGCUUUUUGAAGAUGCUUCCAAAAUGGGGGCCAUGUAUUUAUCUUGGAAGAUUUUUGUGUUUUGUUUUGGUUUUCUUCUUAUUUUCUCUGUCAACUUGGCAAACCAAACUGCCUGGUUUUGUGUUUCCUUGUUUUUCUGAUCAGAGCUUUUGGGUUGGGAGCCAAAGUGGAAUUAUACAGCCCCCAACCCACCCAGAAUUCCCCCACCCCCCCCAGUGCCCUGGUUAUGUGGUGACCUCUGGGAUUUUGAUGAUUUCUGCAGCUUGGUGCGAUCAAGUGUCUCUUACUCCAUUUCUUUACACAGAGAGUUCAAGGCUCGGAUAUUCCCUCUCUUCCUCCUUUCCCUGCCCCUUCCAGAUGCAGGGGCCAGGUUGGCUCCAGGAAAGCACUUACUCAGGCAGCAACCCAAGCCAGGGAGUGUUUUUUGGGGCACUCCAGGGAUUUUUCUCACUGCUGAUUCCAAACCAGCAGGAUCAAAGGGCUAUGAGAGUUCCCUGUACCAGGGAUGUGCUGCCCCAAAACAGCACAGCUGCCACUGACCCUUACAGCCAGACCAGCUGGGCUGGGUCCCCCCAGGCACCUCUUUUGGGGUGAUGGUGGUGGAUAAACAGCACUUGGAGGGGGAGCACCACACAACCCCGGGCUGGCAGGAGCUCCUCGACAUCCCGAGCGCCAGUCAGGGAGUGGAGAAAGAUCUCAGGGCUUGGAGACCCCCGGCAGGGGCUGGAGGUAGGUAAGAGAACUCACGCUUUUGCUGCAGGGCGGCUGCUCCGUCAGGGCUUUGAUGAAGCUUUUAACUACAGCUUGUGAUUACUUUUUUCAUCCUUUUGUUUCUUAUUUGUUACUAAAGUUGAUUUUACUCAAAGGCACUUUUUCGGGAUGAUGUUGGCUUCUGGCAUGGAAGGAGCACAUUUCAUCGGACACUGCCAUGGAUUUGUUUUUGGUUUUUAUAAGAGACUUUUAAUGUGAAAACAAGCAAAACCAGAAAUUGUUACACUUUGCCUGAGUGUGGCAAAACUCACCCAGUUUUAUACUUUUAGAAAAUGAAGUGCAUUGGUGGGAGUUUUUUUAACUGUGGGCUUUGCUUUUUAUCUUCUCUCAACAUAAAGAAAUAAAAAGAGGGAGAAAGGCCCUGUAAAUACUGUUCAGUAGGGUUUUUAAUCGUGAUAAAUUGCUCCUGCCGUUGCAUAGCUGAUUUGUAGCACCAGCAUCGUUUCUUUGUAUGUUUGUAAUGAUGAGAUUUUCAAGGGAUGCUUUGAUUUGUACAAAUGAUACCUGUAAAAGUGGUUUAAAAAAAUCCUCAUCUGUGACUGA